AGAGUAGCGGGUGUGUGGUCCAAUGGAUGAACCAUAGCCACGAGAUUGGGGUGUGGCGAAGCUGGUCGUUAGGGGGCGUGGCGUUAGUUGCCCGGGAGGGGCCGGUAGCGGCGGGAGCUGCACGGCACCGGCCGAAAGGUUCCGGCUGCAUUUCCAUGAGAGCAGCCGGCAAGAGCGGAAGAACUGGAACCGAAUCGGGAGAAAAUCACGUCGCCAUCGCCAAGCAGCGACAGAACAGAUUCCCCAGCCACCUUUGGCACUUACAGCAUUUGCAAACCUUACAGCACAAUAUAAAUAAUAAUUUGACUACAAACGGCUCAACGGCUUUCUAAGGACGAUAUUCAAAAAUUCUCACUAUUAAGGAACAAGUGACAUUGGCUCAAGAUGAAUGCAAUGCUAGAAACCUCCGAGCUGCCUGCUGUGUUUGAUGGGGUAAAGUUAGCUGCUGUGGCGGCUGUGCUCUAUGUGAUUGUCAGAUGUUUGAAUCUCAAGAGCCCGACAGCCCCACCUGACCUCUAUUUCCAGGAUUCUGGGCUAUCUCGAUUUCUCCUGAAGUCCUGUCCCCUCCUGACCAAAGAAUAUAUUCCACCCUUGAUAUGGGGAAAAAGUGGACAUAUCCAGACUGCUUUAUAUGGGAAGAUGGGAAGGGUAAGGUCACCUCAUCCUUAUGGCCACCGUAAGUUUAUCACAAUGUCAGAUGGAGCCACUUCAACUUUUGACCUUUUUGAACCUUUGGCUGAACAUUGCAUUGGAGAUGAUGUCACAAUGGUGAUUUGCCCUGGAAUUGCCAAUCAUAGUGAGAAGCAGUAUAUCCGAACCUUUGUCGACUAUGCCCAGAAAAAUGGCUAUCGAUGUGCUGUGCUGAACCACCUGGGUGCGCUACCCAAUAUUGAAUUGACAUCUCCGCGAAUGUUCACUUAUGGCUGUACCUGGGAAUUUGGAGCCAUGGUGAGCUACAUCAAGAAGACUUAUCCUCAGACCCAACUAGUUGUAGUGGGUUUUAGUCUGGGUGGAAACAUCGUGUGUAAAUACCUGGGUGAAACCCAGGCAAAUCAAGAGAGAGUCCUUUGCUGUGUCAGUGUGUGUCAAGGAUAUAGUGCAUUAAGGGCACAGGAAACUUUCAUGCAGUGGGAUCAGUGCCGAAGAUUUUACAACUUCCUCAUGGCUGACAAUAUGAAGAAAAUCAUCCUUUCUCACAGGCAAGUUCUCUUUGGAAACAAUGUUAAGAAACCUCAGAGCCUUGAGGAUACCGACUUAAGCAGAUUGUACACAGCAACAUCUCUAAUGCAAAUUGAUGACAAUGUGAUGAGGAAGUUCCAUGGCUAUAAUUCCCUAAAAGAAUACUAUGAAGAAGAAAGCUGCAUGAGAUAUCUGCAUGGGAUUUAUGUUCCACUCAUGCUGGUUAAUGCUGCUGAUGACCCCUUGGUGCAUGAUAGUCUUUUAACAAUUCCCAAAGCCCUUUCAGAGAAACGAGAGAAUGUCAUGUUUGUGCUGCCACUUCAUGGAGGUCACUUGGGCUUCUUUGAGGGUGCUGUUCUUUUCCCAGAACCCUUGACCUGGAUGGAUAAGCUGGUGGUGCAGUAUGCCAAUGCCAUUUGCCAAUGGGAGCGUAACAAAUCCCAGUGCUCAGACACAGAGCAAAUGGAUGUCGACAUGGAGUGAUGCCCUUACAGACUCAGAAGCACUCUAGUGGCCCUUCCUUCUGAAACUAUUCAUCUCUUCACCUGUUGCUUCAGGUUUUCAUCCUUCUCAAUAACCUGGGUAUGUCAGCAGGGAAGCUUCCCACCAAGAGCACCUCUCGCCAAGGCAGAUGGCUGUCCCCAGGAUCUUCAGGCUAUUUUUAUGCUUAGGUUACUGGUUUUCUUUAUUGCAUUAUUGGCCAUGUUGAUGAGUGGCAGGACUCUUGAUCACCUGUCCGAUUUCAGCAUUUGGUUAAGCCAAUUGUCAUCUAAUUUCCCUAUUAAAAAUGUAUCUGAACGGCA